UUCAAAUAUUAUUAUUAUUAUAUUAAUAUAGGAAUCCGAGGCACCUGCCUAGACCGGAGCCUCGGAUUCCCACCUAAAAAUAACUCUUUAACCUUUAGUAAAAAAACGAAAUCUACCUAAGUAAAAAAAAAAAAAAAAAAAAAACCCUUGGACUAGAUCUGAAAAUUAACUCGAUCGCCAUCAUCACGCCUCCGGCUCUCGCCACCUCCGUCGUCCGUCCGGCUCUCGCCGCCUCCGUCCUCUGGCCUCCCUUAGCAGACAGCCGCGACGGUCCACAGAUCCACGACGAACACAGCCUCCAAAUCUCCAAUGGAACACAGCCUCGCCGCCUCGCCUACUGCCCUGCUCCGCCAUCCGUAGCUCCUCGACGGACCACAGAUCUACGACGAAGGGAGUUCAGGAAAAAAGAAAGCUAUUAUUGCAGGUGUAGUCGGUGGUGUGGGAAUCAUAAUGGUAUUAGCAGCCAUUUUCCUUUAUCGAAGAUCAAAAAAGCCAAAUGCAGCAAGAAGAGGCAAUAUUCUGGGGGCAACUCAGUUGAGAGGUCCAGAGAACUACAGAUAUAAAGAUUUGAAAGCCGCAACCAAAGGCUUCAGUGAAGAAAAUAAACUCGGCCAAGGAGGUUUUGGUGAUGUAUACAAGGGAACACUAAAGAACGGGGAUGUGGUUGCGGUGAAGAAACUAGCAAUGAUUUCCAGUAGAGCAAAGGCAGUCUCAUCGCACAGGCACACCACUCCACCAACCAGUUAACCACGAGAUAUGGAUCGGAGUUGGAUGUAUGAAAAACGCACUACAUUCAAAUAUAUACAAGGGGUUCAAGAGUUUAUAGAAUGUGCUGAAAAAAAUAAAAGUCAAAAGGCCGAAGAUUUUAUAUCGUGCCCGUGUUGUGAUUGUAAAAAUUUGAAAAGAUAUCGUAGUUCUGAAGAAGUGAAAAUUCAUUUAAUAUGCCGUGGCUUUAAAGAAGGGUAUGAUCGAUGGAUAUGGCAUGGUGAAAGCUUACCGCCUAGUACAAGUGUUAGUAAGAAUGAAGCUCAUGCAGACAGUCAAACUCAUGCAAAGAGUGAAACUGAAGCAAAUAGUCGAACUCAGGCAGAUAACGAGGAGAAUGAUGAGGAUGAUGGGAUUAAAGACCGAAUAGAUGAAAUGAUGCGUGAUAUGCAGGGAGAUUGUAGUGAAAUGCCUCCUGAAUUUAAAUGUUUGUUUGAGAAUGCUGAAAAACCUUUGUUUUCUGGGUGUGCCAAAUAUACUAAGUUAUCUGGUGUGCUUAAAUUAUAUAAUUUAAAAGCAAAGAAUGGAUGGAGUGAUAAGAGUUUCACGGGAUUAUUAGAACUAAUAAAAGACAUGCUUCCUAAUGAUAAUCAACUUCCAAAUUCAACUUAUGAAGCAAAGAAGUUGUUGUGUCCGUUGGGUAUGGAAAUUGAGAGGAUACAUGCAUGUCCAAAUGAUUGUAUAUUGUAUUGGAAAGAAUACAAAGACUUGCAUGUAUGUCCAAAGUGUGGGUCAUCGCGUUACAAAAGGAAAAAUGUUGGUGAUGAACCAAAGAAUAAGAAAGGUCCACCAGCCAAAGUGUUAUGGUAUUUACCUGUAAUACCAAGAUUAAACGCAUGUUUGCUAAUCCAAGGGAUGCAAAAAAAUUGCAAUGGCAUGUUAUUGGGAGAAAAGACGAUGGAAAACUAAGACACCCAGCUGAUUCACCACAAUGGAGGAAUAUUGAUAGGAGGUGGCCUGAAUUUGGUAAUGAAAACAGGAGUCUUAGACUUGGAUUGUGUACUGAUGGAAUGAAUCCUCAUGGUAACAUGAGUAGUCGACACAAUACUUGGCCUGUCCUUUUAGUAGUCUACAAUCUUCCACCUUGGUUGUGUAUGAAGCGAAAAUACAUCAUGUUAUCCUUGUUAAUAUUAGGGCCUAAACAACCAGGAAAUGACAUAGAUUUAUAUCUAGCGCCACUUAUUGAAGAUUUAAAACUGUUGUGGAAUGAAGGUGUGUCGGUGUAUGAUGCUUAUACCCGAGAAAGUUUUACCUUACGUGCAAUGAUCUUUUGCACCAUAAAUGAUUUUCCAGCCUAUGGUAACCUAUCAGGUUAUACUAAUAAAGGAGCUAAGGCAUGUCCUAUUUGUGAAGAUGAAACAACCAAUCUAUGGUUGAAUAACAGUAAAAAGAAUGUGUUCAUGAGUCAUAGGACAUUUCUUCCAAUUGAUCAUCCUUAUCGAAAGAAGAAAAAAGCUUUCAAUGGAAAAUCAGAGACUGGAGUAGCUCGUUUGCCUUUAUCUGGUUUAGUGGUUUAUGACCGUGUUAAAAAUGUUAAUGUUGCUUUCGGCAAAACGUGUAAGACUACUCAGAAGACUCUAUGGAAGAAGAGGUCUAUAUUUUGGGAUCUACCAUACUGGAAGCAUUUAGCUGUUAGACAUUGUCUUGAUGUAAUGCAUAUUGAGAAGAAUGUUUGUGACAGCAUUAUUGGAACACUGUUGAACAUUCAGGGAAAGAUAAAAGAUGGUAUUAAAGCUAGAAAGGAUAUGGUUGAAAUGGGAAUACGGGAGAAGUUAGCAUCAGAAGAAUCGGGAAAUUGAGUAUUCUUUAGAAUUGUAAAUUAAUUCGAACACAAUCCUCUUCUCUUGGUAGGAAAAUGUUAGAAAAAGCUCAGAAAAGCAAAUGACAAGUCAAAGUGCUGACCAAUCUGCUACUUAUAUACGACCUCCAAUUGUUUGUGAAAAUGUGUUUUUGCUUUUGAGGACAUAUUGCAAGGAACUUGUCCGAGCGUUGUCAUCAUUUUCUGUUAAGAAAGAGUAUAUUGAUGUGGAAUUGGAUUCUGCUGUUUUCCAUCAUGCAAACGCGAAUGCUGUUUAUGUGAUGAUAGAGGAUAUACAUGAUUUGUUGACAUUGGCUUGCCUCGAUGUCUCAUUUAUACAAGUGUUUAUGCUGUUUUUGAAUAAGCGGGGUAAGCAGCUUGGAGUGACAUCUAUCGGGUUUGCAUGUCCAACACAAAUUUCAGCAGAUAUGGUUCACUUAAAUUCCUCUUCCGUUACAUCACAUUUCAUUAAAGUCAUGGAGGAACACAAGGAUCGGCAUUUCAUUUUGGCACCAUAUCAUGAAAAUAAUCAUUGGAUAUUGCUUGUGAUUUGCGCAUCUUCAAAAACGGUGUAUGUGUUUGAUCCUUUGAAUAAUACAAGGCACUUUGAAGUCAAAAUUUAUUUGAAUAUUGUCCACAACAGCCGGGAGGCACUGAAUGUGAAUAUUAUGUACUAAGAUACAUGUUAGAGAUCGUUACUAAGUAUUCAAAGGUUGAUUGUCUACAUGGGAUAUUUGAUAUGAAGCACCCUACUCCUUGAACGACAUAGAUGAAGUUCGAGAGUUGUGGGCAGAAUAUUUUCUAGAAGAGUGCGUGUAAAUUUAGUUUAAACGUUAACUUAUGCUUAGUUUAUGUUUGAAUGUAGUGUUGAUUGUUAUUAUAUAUUGUGUUGAUAUUA